AUGUCAGAAGAACAGAUGCAUCAACUCAACAACAACUUCCGCAAGUUUCCAAAAAGAAAGAGAAGGUUGUUGGAGGACCCACAGAUACCGGUCCAUAGGCUGUCUGUUUCGAAACCAUACCAUAUUCCAACAUCUCAAAUGCAUCAAACUAACAGUCCUGUGCCAGCACUGGGGCCAAAGUUGAAGAGGUCGAAAACACCAAAGAUAUAUGGCCUGGCGCUUCCGGUGAACAGACUCAUUGAAACUUUGGAUAAGGAGUCCCUACAAGCGUUGCUUCAGCAGAUAGUCAACCAUCACCCUGAGACCACCACUACCAUUUCAAAACUUUCUCCUAAAGCAACCUUGGAAGAUUCUGUUAAGUUGAUGAAGGAGAAAUUUCAGAGCAUUAUCGACCACUUGCCAUACAAGUGCGACAUUGAGAGCGAUUAUUCAUACAUUAGAGUCAAGGUACAUCUUACAGAGUUUUUGAACUGUCUUUCUGACUUCAUCCUUACAUUGCUUCCUCCCAUGGAUGCCGGUUUGGCCAACGCAUGUGACAUGCUAGAUGUCAUUACCAGCAUGAUUCACGAUCUACCCAACUUCUCCAAUAACGAGUUCCAAUACACCAAGUCCACUGCAUACGAACAGAUAGCCAACCUGUGGCUUAUUGUUCUCACGAACCAGGCGAGCCAUGACGAUGAUACCGACUCGGUUUGUGAUGAUACCGCCUUGAGCUCGCUUAACGUGGAGAAGACCUUGGAGUUCGUGAAAACUUUGAGGGAGCAUGAUAUACAGAAAAAGAUAGAGAAGCAUAAUGACUUGUCUUUUGGCAAGUUCACAGCUGUGUUAGAUUUUGUCAAGUCCGAGUUUGAGUCCUGUGAGAGAAUCCAUCACUCACUCAACAAUAACGGUAGAUCCUUAUUGAGUGAUAUGAUUUCUGUUGACUAUUCGAACUACUCAAUCACAGCGAGAACAAGCCAUUAG